CGUCUGGCCUAUCCUUGCAGUUAACAAGUUGAAAUGGCCACAAGAGGCAAACCUGAAGCUCGCGGAGCCCACUGCUAGUCUUCAAGGUUGAGGAUGCUGCGCGAACUUGACAAGGUUUGAGCCUCGCGGCUCUCCGUUGCGCCUAUGUGGGAUGUUCCCGCGCUUUCUAGUCACGUAGAAGGCGCCACCGCGCAGGCGCAGAGAGCCAAGGCUGCCUCGGCCAUGGGCGACGUUGGAGGCGCCCAGGAAGCCUGCCGGCACAUGGAUACUAAAGAAGAAUUCGUUAAAGUCAGAAAGAAGGAUCUGGAAAGACUGACAACCGAAGUGAUGCAAAUCCGGGACUUCUUACCCAAAAUAGUAAAUGGGGAGAUACUGGAAAGCUUCCACAAAUUAAAGCUUGUAGAAAAAAACCUGGAAAAAAAACAGCAAGAAUUAGAGCAGCUGAAAAUGGAUUGUGAGCACUUUAAAGCUCGCCUGGAAACUGUGCAAGCUGACAGUGUGAAAGAGAAGAAGGAGAAACUGGCCCUUCGACAGCAGCUGAAUGAAGCGAGGCAGCAACUCCUGCAGCAGGCAGAGUAUUGCACAGAGAUGGGAGCUGCAGCCUGCACCCUUCUGUGGGGCGUCUCUAGCAGCGAGGAGGUAGUCAAGGCCAUUUUGGGAGGAGAUAAAGCUUUGAAGUUUUUCACCAUCACUGGUCAGACAAUGGAGAGUUUUGUGAAGUCACUGGAUGGGAAUGUCAAGGAGGUAGAUUCUGAUGAAAAUCAGUUUGUUUUUGCUUUGGCUGGAAUUGUAACAAAUGUAGCUGCGAUAGCAUGUGGUCGUGAAUUCUUGGUUAAUUCAAGCCGGGUGCUCUUGGACACCAUCUUACAGCUUCUGGGAGACUUGAAGCCAGGACAGUGUACCAAGCUCAAAGUGUUAAUGCUGAUGUCCCUGUACAAUGUAAGCAUCAAUUUGAAAGGCUUGAAAUACAUCAGUGAGAGUCCAGGAUUCAUCCCUUUGCUGUGGUGGCUUUUGAGUGAUCCAGAUGCAGAAGUAUGUCUUCAUGUACUACGGCUUGUCCAGUCUGUGGUUCUGGAACCAGAAGUCUUCUCCAAAUCAGCCUCUGAGUUCCGGAGCUCCCUGCCCCUGCAGCGCAUCCUGGCCAUGUCCAAGAGCCGCAAUCCCCACCUAAAGACUGCAGCCCAAGAGCUCCUGGAAGACCUCCGUGCCCUGGAUCACAAUGUGUAGGUGCACAGCCUCCGAGGGGUUUGGUGAAGAUACCAGUAUCUCUUCCCCUCUCCAGAUCCCUCACUUUGUAAUCUAGAACCAUUGCCAUGCACCAUGUGGUAGAGAUGGCAAAUUGUGAUUGACUAGAGAUGGGUAUGAAUUUGUUUGUAUCCCACAUAACUUCUUCCUGGAAGUGAAAGUGCUGGUGAGUGGUUGGUUAAUCUCGCAUGGGGAGGCUGAGCAGAGUCUGUCCUCUGGAAAACCCUGUGUCCAUGCUACCUGAAGAGAGGUCAUCUUAAAGCAGCUUUUUACUGUUUAGUUGCUUAUGACCGGUAGGGUCACCAUAAAAAUGGGAGAUUAACCACCCACUCCCUUGGUCAGCAUUUUCCCGAGUUACAUUUCCUUGAAAAACAAUUCAUUCCCUCUCUAGUAAUUGCAAUUAAAUUCCCCAAAAUGCAAGUUUACCUUUAUAAUCUUCUGGUGGAUCUGCUAUUUCAGAUGACAUUGGCUAUUAGUUGUAUAUUUUUUGUCCUUUUAUUUUUGAAUAAAGAAAGUCAGAGGAGUUGAUGUAUUACAUUGUUAUAUUGCUUUCUCAAAUAUAAACUUGAUACUGGAAAGUUGACCUCCUUUGUAUUUUAAAAUGCAUAUACUUAGUUGGUAGAAAAAACUCAUCUUUGCUAUCAUUCAAAAGUCCAAUUUUUCCUAUAACAGAUAUUAAAAUGGCCUCAUGUCUUAGAACACAUGCUGUUAGUUGAAAGUAUGAAAUGGUAGCUCCAUCUCCCUUCUUAGACAUGGAUGUGUGCGCAUACCAGGGACCCCAUGUAUGUCUGUCUUCUCUGUUUACUCAUCAAACCAUCCAGCUGAGAUUCUUGGCCACUGGCAGAGAACACAGGAGAAUCCACCAUGGUGUGUGAUUGUGAGUUGCUGCUUAAGUUGAGCCUUGAAGUUGCAUUAGGGAACAUAUCCAUUCCUUUUCUGGGGCUGCUUUCUUUAAUGUGAUGCUGCAGGGUCAUUGUGCUCUGGACAGUGCUUUAUAAGAGCAGAAACAAACAUAAGUGUGCCCUUACAGCAGCCUGAUGUAUGCAUAUGAGCUGUUUGUACUGUGUGUGGCAUUUUAAAUAACUCCAUUUAUUUUUAUUUAUUUACUUUUUUGAGAGGUUUUUGCUAUAGGGUGCGUGCGCUUGCC